CUCUCGUCCAUUAGGUUAACGGAAGCAACAUUUGUCCUCAUGGGCGGCCGCGUCGGGGCCGUCCACGGCCACAAAAAUAUCCUCCUCAUCGGUGGCAUCAUUUACGUUCUGUUCAACCUGAUCUGCGGCUUCAUGCGAUCCGUCCAGAGCAUUAUCGUCAUGCGGGCCCUCAGCGGCGUCGGAGCCGGCAUUAUCGUCCCGAACGCUAUUGCUCUUCUCACGACGACGUAUCCUCCUGGCUUGGGCCGCCUGAUUUGGGUCGGACUAUUUGGGGCCAUGGCUCCCAUCGGGGCUGGUGGAGGGUCUGUAUUUCCGGGGUUCUUUGGACAGUUGCUGCCUUGGUGGUGGCUGUUCUUCUUCUUUGCCAUUGCUGGGGCAGUGGUUUUCGGAGCUGCGGCAGUCCUUGUGCCGUCGGAAAAGGUUUCCAUGGAUCCGAACGGCAGAGUCGAUUAUGUCGGCUCAUACUUGGGUGUUGGCGGCCUCAUUUUGUUCAACUAUUCCUGGACUGAGGCAGCCGUCAAAGGCUGGAGCGUCAGCUACGUGUACACCAUCCUCAUCUUGUCCGUCCUACACAUCACCCUCUUCCUGCUAUGGGAAGCCAGAUUCGCCACAGAGCCGAUCCUGCCCCUGUCCGUCUGGUCCGCGCCGUCCUUCAAGCCCAUGCUCCUCUCGGCCUUCUUCACCUUUAUGAGCACGGGCAUCCUCUUCUACUACGUGACCCGGUGGCACGUCGACGUCAGUCACUAUUCCAACUUUGUGAAUGCCGCUGCGUUUGCGACGUUUACCGUAAUGGCGACGAUUGCGUGUGGUGCGAGUGCCGUCUGUGUGCGGUAUAUGCCCGCGCAGGCCGUCAUGGCGAUAGGGACUGUGUCGGCGCUCGUGACGGGCAUCUUGCUCGCGACGAUGCCGGUGCGGCAGACGUACUGGCCGCAGGAGUUUCCGGCGCUGUUCAUCCUGGGAUUCAGUCCUGAUUUCAUCUUCACGGCCGCACAGAUCAUUACGAGCAACAGCGUCAAGAGGAGCCUCCAGGGGGUGGCUGGGUCUUUGGUAGGGACGAUUCAGCUGUAUGGGCUGGGCACGGGGCUGGGCUUUGCUGGGACGAUUGAGCUGUAUACGAAUGGGCAUGGAGCUGAUGCUAUCGGGGGCGUGAGGCAUGCGUUGUGGUUUUCGGUUGCGUUGGCGGGAGCGGCGACGGUCAUGUGUGCUUUUGUUCGGAUCCCCAAGGAUGAGCGUGAGGGUUGGGACGAGGGGGAGCCGGUGCAUGAAUGA